UUUUGCGUGACCCUAUACACUUACAGUAUUGAUGAAGCAUUACAGGAAAGAGAAGAACUGUUUAUUAAUAUCAUAUUGGUUAUAAAACUGAGUGUCCGUGUUCCGAGUCGCUCUCUCCCCAUUCAGUCUCUCUGUCUCUCAUUCAUAUCUUUCUCUCUUUCAUAUCUCUCUCACUUUAAGCAUCAGAAUGGGAGGGGAGAUCUCUGUGACUUUAACCAUGGAGUACUUGUUGAUGCUGGAGGGGCUGGUUUGAGUAUUUCAGAAGCUUCUUCUUCUGAAUUUCUGGGAUUUCGAGUUUAAAACCAAAAGCAUUGAAUGAGCAGCAGUCUCUAUAGUCUGUGGUUGUUGGUAGAGGGAGAGCUGCUGUAAUUGCUAUUUCUGAAAUCGCCUCUAUCAGUAUAAUCCAGCUGACCUCAAAUUGGUCAUAAAGGAAAUGAAGCAAAAACAGAAACAUCAAGAUGAAAUUCACCACAGAAACUAUAAGAUGGCUUUAUAAACACUUAUUUGUUUCCUUCUGUUUUAGAUUGUAUGAGCAUUGAUUUGUGGUUCUGUGUUUUAACUUGGCAUCUUAAUCUUAAAACAUCAUUUUCUUUCUUCUUCGUGUCCUAAGGGAGCUGCUGCACAUUACGAGAUGUCCAGACAGAAUACUCUCACUGCAGCAGUGGCAACCUUGUUAGGAGCCACACUUGGAGGACUGUUCCUGUGGCGUAGUAUAUGUGCACAGAAGAGAAAAGCUUGCAAAAUCCCAAAGGACCCCCAUCCGUUGCCUGUGGAGCGACUUGGACAUGUGGAAUUGAGCAGCACUGCUGUUCAGCACUCACAGCAGGAGCUCACACCACCAUCGCUAGCACAAACUUCCAAACGUCUUUCGCUACCAUCUAUUGAGAAGCUACUGGAGGUGCCAGCGGUGGUGGUGAGCUCAUCAGAAGAGUUUGAAGAACACUGGCCCUUGUUCCAGAAGGACCUGUCUGUCUUUCCUGUCCUGGGUUUGGACUGUGAAUGGGUGUUGUCUUGCCUUCAGGUGUCCAUCAAAGGCAAAGCAUGUGCGGUGUCUUUGCUCCAAAUGGCUACGUACUCGGGCCGCUGUAUGCUGGUCAGACUGCUGGCGUUCCGCGAUGCCCAGCUGCCUCUCCCCAAAGGCCUGCUGCAGGUGCUGAGAGACUCUCACGUGCUGAAGGUGGGCGUUGGCUGUUAUGAAGACGGCAAGCGUCUGGCCAAUGACCACGGCCUGGCCCUUGUGUGUACGGUGGACUUACGCUACUUGGCACUUAGAGAGAGGCAUGCAGUGCUGAAUAAUGGCCUGAGUUUGAAGUCCCUGGCUGCAGACCUGCUCAAUAUCCCCCUGGAUAAAUCACUUGGGCUGCGCUGUAGUAACUGGGAAGCUGAAAACCUGAGUCGGGAGCAGAUGUUGUACGCAGCACAGGAUGCUCAGGUCUCAGUCUCUCUGUUUCUCUACUUGCUGGGCCUCUACUCUGAGCCGUGCCUGCUGAGCGAGGACGAGACUGCCUUCUCAAAGCUGGCUGGCCGCUGCCAGGGCCUGGUUGAUGUGCCCUUCAAGUGGCGCAGUGAAGGGGACGACGGAGAACGCAAGCGCCGGUGCCGCAGGUCUACUGUAGACAGUCCUGAGUCUGGUGAUCAGCAAGUACCAGACCCACGCAGGAACAAGCGGAAACCUCUUGGAGUUGGGUAUUCAGCCAGGAAAUCCCCCUUGUAUGACAACUGCUUUCUUCAUGCGCCUGAUGGGCAGCCGCUGUGUACAUGUGACAAGAAAAAAGCAAAGUGGUACCUUGACAAAGGAAUAGGAGAGCUGGUCAGUGAGGAACCCUUUGUCGUGCGUUUGUUGUUUGAGCCCUCGGGUCGCCCUGACUCUCAGAAGGACUAUUACCUUACGGCCAAAGAAAAUCUCUGUGUAGUAUGUGGAAAAGCCGAGUCCUACAUCAGAAAGAACAUCGUUCCACAUGAGUACAGGCGUCACUUCCCUGCUGAAAUGAAGGACCACAACUCCCAUGAUAUCCUGCUGCUGUGCACUUCCUGUCACGCGGCAUCUAACGUGUACGAUGGCUUCCUAAAGCAGCAACUGGCAGAUGAGUUCUCUGCCCCACAGGGCUGUGAGGAGGGUGUAAGGAUGCUGGAGGACUCUGAUCGGCGGCGGGUGCGAUCAGCCGCUCGUGCCCUUCUCAGUGCCAAUGACAGUAUGCCCGCUUCCAGACGAGAAGAGCUCCUGUCAGUCGUUCAUGAGUACCUCUGCAAGGAAGGAGAGGAGAAGGAAGUCACAGAGGGAAUGCUGCACACAGCUGCCAACUUGGAGACUAGGAUCUUUAACGAGAGCUAUGUGCCACAUGGGCUAAAGGUGGUACAGGCGUACGCUGAGAGCGGACUGCGCGGUCUGAUUGAGUUGGAGCGGCGCUGGCGUCAGCACUUCCUGUCCAGCAUGCAGCCCAACUUCCUACCUCCACUGUGGUCUGUCGACCACAACCAUGAGAAAUACCUGCGCAAGUAUGGAGAGGACCUGCUCAUUAAUCUGACCUGAGUACACACGCUCCACAGCGGUAGGCAGAGGCGGUUUGGGCGAGACCCGGACGGCCUCGUCCCAAACCUGUGAUGGUGUGUCGUAUAUUUCUAAGAGAUGGACUUGUACUGAUCUGAUAUUGACUCCUAUAUGAAGUGAGCCUAGCACGAGUAUUAAGACUCUAGAUGAACUGGGAACGACCAACCACAGGCUCUUGAUUGUGGGCUCACUGUGAUGAGUUAACACUGAUGACUAAAGGGAUGAGAGUUUAAAAAAAAAAAAAAAAAAAAAAGUUGCAGGAACUAAUGUUGUAUGUAUGACAAAGUGGGAGAACAGUGCUCAACUUUCCAUAAAAUGAAACUUGUAUAUUUUUAACAGCCCAAACCUGCUCUUGAUUUCUUAAAAUAAAUAUAUAUAUAUAGGUUAAAAUUAUUGCAGGUUUGUGGUCCUAUUAAAUAUUUUGUAUAAUUAUGUGGUAAAUCUAGGGUUUUGCAAUAUGGGGCUGUUGACGACAGUAUUUAUUUUUUACAUGUUUUCACUCCUCAUAUUUCUAGACUUGCAAUUAUGCUCUUCAGCAUAUGUUGGUCUUUUAUGAUGGACUUGACAUGAUUCUAAACUUUACACCUUAAAAUGAUUAACUCAUUCCUGUUAGAACUUUUUAUCCUCUCUGAUUCGUGAACGUUUAUUUAUUUUGCAUGAGGAUGGUGAGUUUGUGGCCACACCCUGCUUGUGUAGCUUUUCCAAAUUUCCGAACAUCAGUCAGGACACCUCAAAGUGCACAUUUUAGUGCAUCUUUCCCCCUGACUGCUUUGAUUUGGUUUAUAGCUCAUGAUUGUAACAUCGAGUGGCAUUUAAAGUUCACCCUUUAACAGCCAGAGAGACCGCUCCAUUAGCAAUAACGAGUUAUUGUGAUUCUCAUAAUCAUGAUCUUUGCAAAUGAGAUUUCCACAUUUGAGCAUGCCGAAUUUAAUUAAAGAAACUACAGCUUUUUUUUUCUUUUAUUUACAUUUGUCCAGAUGUAACUUCUUAAAAGCUGCUAUGUUUCCUUAAAUUGUUAUUAAAAUAUAUAUAUAUAUAUAUAUUUAAUGUUAAGAUGUCUCUGUGAGGUGCUAGUGAAAACGUAAGGAAUGAGUCCUGCUCAUCCCGCAUCCCACACUGCUUUAAAUACACACGUUAGACAAGCAUUCCAUUCACAAUUUAACUUUUUAUUAUUUACAAAAUCACAGUUAAAUAAAUAGUUUGUAAAAAUGUAUACAAAAGAUUUUCUCUUUAUGUUUCAAAUGAAUGACUAACAUGACAGUGGGUCAAAAGAGUCAUUAGUUGGGAUUUAACACUUAAUUACCCUUUUUUUAAAUUUUAUUUAUUUAUUUAUUUAUUUAUUUUUACAAUCUGGUACUGCAGAAUUAAGGCCUCUUUGAUUUUGGCAUUAGAACAAUCGGUCAGUAAAAUGUGUCGUAGUCUGAAGCGGUGUCCAACACAUGCUACCGUAUUCACAGUAUUUAAUAAACUGAAAGCGGAGAAUGACUGGAGAAGAAUGACAUCAUCCAUCAAAAAAAUGGCACCUUGUCACAUUUAGGGCUUGUCACAGUUCGUAGGGUUAAGUGCAUUAUGCCGUCACCUUUAGUUUUUGUGACUGUGUACUGAAACGUUUACCAGUGCAUAGCAUGUCUGGGAGUAUGUCUAAAUUGAAAAGUCAGACUGUAUCGAACAUAGUCAUUAAAGUCUGUGGACAUGUGGAUAUUUAACUUAAUGGCACAAAGUCAAUCAUUAACUAUACCUCUAUCUGGCUUAAGCCCUAGUUUACUGUUAAAUCCCAAUGCGUCCAUAGUUCCACAUCCAUAUAUUCCAUACAUCCUGAAUAUUUGCUUACAAGGACAUACUGCUUCAUCUUAAAAUGUUUUUACUUUGUAUGAUAUACAGCACUAACAAAAUUUUAAGAUUGUCAAUGACCACACAACCAACAUUGUAUUUGUACUGAUGGAUGUGGUGUUAACUCAAGUGAUUUAUGGAGGAGGGCUAAUUUUAAAACAUGAAAUAAAAUACCUUUUUUCUGUAUCCUGAUCAACUUAAUUUGCAGCGAUUACCCAAUGAUCCAUUGAUAUUGCUGCUGUUGUUUUUUAACAUAAUAUUUUUCUAAUGCCAGAAUACAGGCAAUGAACGGCUGGGAAUCACGAUACAGAAAGCAAAAGCGGCUAGAAGUUGGACUGAGGCACGACCAUGUAUUCA